CAGAUAUAAAGAUCGACUCCUCGUUUCCUGCUACAGUCACACUCUUCCUCACCGUCGCAUCUUCAGGCCCUAGCAGCACUACGACCCCAUGACUCAAACCAGCAACAUGAGGUUCGCCCUGGUUCUGCUCGGUCUGCUGGCCCUGGUGACAGUCAACUCAGCCCUCUACCUUGACGUUAGCGAUUCGAGUGAUUCGUCCUUUGAGAUGGAUGAUGAGCUUGACUUCGACAUUUUGAAGAGUCGUAUGAAGAGGCAAGUAGAUGCUGGCACCAUGGUCACUGACUCUACCAUUACGACCUUUGACGACAGCAGUGAAGAAAGCGAUGAAGGAGGUGAAGAUAACAGUAACGAAAGCAGUGGAGAAGGAGGUGAAGAUAGGAGUAGUGAAGACAGCAACAACGACAGCAACAGCGGCAGCAACGAAAGCAAAUAAUCAUACAACUAGAAACACAACGCACUUUCUCCUUCCAAUAACAACAAAAGAUGGAAAGUGAAGAAGAAAACACUGGAAAAAAAAGUCAAUUAAUCACUUGCAAUGUGAACUCAAUACACUAUUCGUUUGCAACAAGACCCAAGGGUAGUUUAUACUCUAAUGCAAGUAUUAUAUAUAUAUAUAUUUGUUGGUUGGUUUUCACGUGUUGAAUUAGUUGCAUAAAAGAGGCACAUGAGGCAGUGUGGAUUGGUUGUUUUACUAAAGGCAGAAUGAUAAGUUAAUUUUGUUUUUAUAGUGUUGGGGGAAUAAUAAUGAUAGUAAUGAUCAUGAUAUUGGUAAUAAGAAUAAUGAUAAUAGCAAUAAUAGUAUAAAUGGUAUCAUUGCAACAACAGCUAUAAAAAACAGCAACAAAAUAACAAACUCAACACAAAUGAAAACAACAAGAACAGCAUAACAGCAAAAAAAAAAAAAUAAUAAUAACACUCACAAUGACAAUACCAUCAACAUCACCAAAACAUAACACAAAAAUAAUGACAAAAAUGAAUAAAUACUGUAUUAAAUAAACUUCAAAACAUCACAGGAGACCAAUAACAUCAUGACUCCCUCUCACCACCACCCCCCCCCCCAAAUGGUGAUUACUAGACAUCCAUAUGAUAACACAACACCACAUCUACUGCAUACCACCACUACGAUAUCAAGUGCUUACCCUAAUAAAGGAUACCAUGAGA